AUGCCUGUCCGCUCCUCGGUUGUCAUUACUGGGGACUUCAACUCCAACCUGAAUACGGUAGUGCCCUGCAUUGGUUAUGGAGUGGUGCAGAACAAGGCCAAGGCCGAAGUUGUCGAGGAGCGUAAAUGGUUGUCUGGAAUGUUUGCAUCGCACCAGAUGACUGCUCUCACUCCUGGUCCAAGAAGCUUUGAGCCCCCAGUAGCUGGUUGGCGGUCUUCUGGUCACAAGAUUCUGCGGGCUUCGAUACCGCCGCAAUGGCAGCCCUGGCGCAUCAAGACCAAUAACACUCGACGGCAGCAGGGGCCAAAAAAGGGGAUGGAGUUGCAGAUGGCGACGCCGCUUGCCGCUCUUCGGGGAGAAGUCGAGCAGCAGCCUGAGCAGGACCGCAGACAACUUGUUCGUCCAGGGGUUCAGGGGAUUGAUGGGGAGAUCAUUACCUUCUGGGAGGCUGGUAGAAUGCUGGCCAAGCAACAGGUGUUCACGAUGAGGGAUGCUUUUGUUCGCAUGCGACUGGUUCUUCAGCUCCAGAGGCGACACAGGGAAUUGCAGGCCCAAAUUAGAGCUCGGAAACGGCAGCAGCUUCUGGAGACACUCUGGUUGGCAGAGCAAGCGACGCGGACAGGGGACAGCAAAGGGCUGUUUCAAUGUGUGCGGUGGCUGGCCCCGAAGACUGUUCAACGCUCGAUUCGGCUUCGCAGUGAGUCAGGCCAGCUUAUGCAUCCUAGAGACGAGUGUUGCAUGCUUGCAGACUAUGCUGCCGAAUUGUUUGCUGCCAAGCGUCAUAAUGAUGUUCCAUCCAUUGUUUUGGAGCCCCUUGACCCGGCAGUGUUUGAUGCUGAGAUAUGGGAGAGGUCAUUUUCACAAUUGCGCUCGGGGAAGGCAGUCCCGCAGGAUGCUCCAUCAGUGCAGCAGUGGAAGAACGUGGCCCCGCUCACCUCGGGGGCUCUGCGUGAGAUUGCUGUGAAAUCGCUGUGCGGCCCGAACCCCAGCAUCCCAGAGGAAUGGACUGAAGUUCAGCUUGCUUGGCUUGCGAAGGCGGGAAAAACCCCCUUUCACCCGCGCAAUCUUCGCUCUAUAGGUUUAAUGCCUGCCGAUACCAAAGCCUUUCUCUUGGUCCUGCGUGAAGCUGCUUCUCCGUAUAUCGAACGGCUGCUUCGGGAAUUUCCUCAGUAUGCGUAUCGAAAAGGCGCCUCCACUGCGGAUGCUCUUUUGAGAGCUGCUGGGCACUGCUUUGAUAUUCGGGCUCUUUUGCGUCAGCAUCGCAAAGAUCACACUGCCAAGCUCCUUGGGGACGCUGAUGUCCCGGUGGUUGGGGGAAUGAUGUGCGGGUUGGACCUGCACAAAGCCUUCGAUGCUCUGCCGCACUCAGAGAUUCUUCUUUCACUGACUGUGGCGGGUGUUCCUUCCCCUCUUGCGGGUGUCAUUGCGCAAGCUCACAUGAGAUGUGUUGUGCGUCAUGGGGGAGUGGAAAGGGUGGUGUGUAUGUCACGGGGCUUGAGGCAGGGCUGUCCCAUUGCUCCAAUCGUGUAUGCUGCUUGGUCCUGUCGUCUUUGUGGACUAGUUGAUCAACGGCUCGACAGGGACUGGAUGGCCAACCAUAGCACUCUUUUUGCUGAUGAUAUUUUCUCGUGCUGGGAGAUACGCACGGUUCAAGCCUUGAAAAGGGCAGUACGUGAUCUUUAUGCUCUCAUUGAGACACUGCAAUCAUUAGGCAUGGAGGUGAAUUGUCAGAAGUCUGUGGUGGUGUUGAAGUUAUGUGGCAAGGCGGUUGUUCAAGCUUGCAAGCAUCUCUUGGUGUGGCGGGAGGGAGUUCAGCUUCUUCGUCUUUGGGGGGCACACAACAACAAUGACAUUUACAUCCCAUGCCAGAGCUCGAUGCCAUACCUUGGCGCUGAACUGUCGUAUGACAACUUUGAGCUGCAGACCUUCAAAACACGAGCUGCCCAAGCAAAGUCGCGUUUUCAGGAGCUUCGGCGGGUCCUGCGCACGGAUGGGGCGAUCACCUGCAGACAUCGGCUUCGCCUAUACAAAGCCAUUAUUUGGCCUACUCUGUGGUACUCGCUGGUCAGUGUAGGGGUGACGACUGAUGUUCUUAAAGGAGUCUGCUCGCUUCUCGCUGUUCAGUUGCGCAAGGUUCUCAGGAUUCACGAGGAGGGCAUAAGUAACAAGACUGUGCUCGAGAAAGCAGGGCUGGAUCCGCAUGCCUUCUUCCGGUUGCAGGCUGUGAGCAAAGGGGAAUCCAUUCUCUCAGACCGCAGGCGAGCCGAGCGCAUCAAGGUGCAGGAGAGCAAGCACUGUUAUCGGGUACAUCAAUGCUUGCUCCAGUUUGAGGACACUUCCUCAUCGAUACUGACCACCUUGGUGCGGGUGCCGAGAGUCGAGGCAGUGUCGGUUGCCUGUCCAGUGUGCGGUGUCUACUACGACUCACAGGCCAGCCUCCAGAUGCACAUGAAGCACAAGCGCCCGGAGGUGAACGAGAAAGCAAGGCUCCAUUUUCGACGUGAUCUUCAUGCAUUGCAUGGGCUGCCCAUUUGUCGAUUCUGCCAGGUUCGGCUAUUCGAUUGGUGCUCGCUUGAGAAGCACAUCACAGAGGGUACCUGCCCCAGAAUCAAGGAACUGGUGGCCCAGGGGAUGAGUGAGUCUGCUAUGCUCCAGGCUGUGGAGAGAGCGGAGAAGACUGCAGCUGCGCCGGUGGCGCCGCCGAAAGCGGUCCCUCAGAAGACCUUGAUCGAGAAGAUUGAAGAUGCUCUGCCGGUCACACCCCAGGAACUCGGGACCCAUGGAGGGCUCCAAGAGUUUGUGGGCCACCUUCAGCCGGCCUUGCAGGAGCUAGCCUCUCAGCUUGUGGUCUGUUCUCUUCUCAGACAUUGGACUUUUGACGAUCGUCAGCAUGAUGCUUUGGAGUUCUCGUUGGUUCCUCACACUGGCUUUCAGCCCAUCUCCCUGAAGCUCCGGCCCGGGCCUCUCCUACUACACAUUGUUCGCAAUGAGGAGGCGGCCAAAAACUGCACUCGAGUCUUCCUGGAGGCGACUGUCCGUAUUCCUUUCUUUGUCGAGGGUGUCAGUGUCGAGUGGCGGCCGCACAAGGUUGUGUCAGUUGUUGAGCAUCACGGCAAGAGCGUCGUCUCGGGACAUUAUCGUUCGCUCCUCAAAACCUCUGAUGGCUGGUUGCACUCGGACGACAGCAUUGUUGCAGCUCCUGCUCUUUGGAGUGCAGAUCGCGAAGCUUUGAUGUAUCUUUUGUGGCUGGUCGCUCCCCGGCUGCUGGAUACCAUGAGCUUCCCCGACUCGUAUAUGGAGGGAUCUGAGGAGUGGUCCUUUUUCCAGCAAUACAUGCCGGCGGGCAUACAACUUCGACCGGGCACUCCCACGGCGCUUUCGGACGCCACCACGGUCGAGGAGCGCGAUUCCAAGGCCCCGUGCUUUGCUGACCCCAAGGGGAAUGGUGGUCGUGGCAAAGGCCGCGAGGGACAGGCCAGUGGCUCCAAGGAUGGCGGUGGAAAUGGCAAUGGAGGUGGAGCUCAUCAGGGCAUGAAGCGCAACUACCAGCCCUGGGGGCGCACUGGUGGAUGGAAGAAAGAUGAAUGGCGUGAUGAUUGGUUCUCAGCCAAGGAUGGUGCUGCUGCCUCUUCGACUGACAUGCAGGAAGUGCACAAGGUGCUGGGCAUGUUGCAACGGCUGGCCCUGCGACACGAGGACUCCAUCAAUCUGUUGAAGUUGGAGUACAGCUUCGUGGCCCACAUGAAGAUCGGCGUGCCUGCCUCAGUGGUUGCGAUGCUGUAUGUGGCUGCGGAUGGAUGGAGAAAGCUCAAGAUGGCGGCGAUGGGCUGGCUCAAUCCGGGCCCUCCCAUGACCUGGGCCUGCUUGAAGUGGGAUCAGGGCAAUCAACGAAAUGUUGUUGACACGGACAAGCCGCCGCUCCGGACUGCCGAAAUCCUUGAGCAGGUGGACACUUUGUUGGCCAAUGUGGUUGCCAACAAUAGCCUGGUGGGCGCCGCCACGGACUCCUCGGUGAAUCUCAGGAAUGGUCUGCAGGCCUUGUGUCACAACUCGGUGCUGCAGCUUGUGGCGACGCAGCUCAAGGCUGUGACUGUGCCGCUGCCAGUGGCCUUGCAAAUCAGCUCUGAUGAGGAAGAAGGCAUCUACAUGGCAGGGGUAUAUCCGCUGUCUUCUACUGAAGCCGAUUUGCGCUAUGCUUUCGCAGCGCAACACAUUUACCUGGUCAGGGAUGUCGAUGUUCGGGGCCUCAGU